AUCAAGAGAGCAAAGCAGAACAAUCAAACUUAUUUAAGUUUCAAGAGAGAAAAAUGUCGACCUUCGGCGGCACGGGAAAUGGCGUUCAGGCUUGGGGCAACGGUGUCAACAACAAUGGAGCGAAUAACUUUGGCACUGGUUCUGGAAGCCAGAACUAUGGCCAAGGUUCUGGAUCUAACCAUGUCAGUGGUGGAAUGUGGAGUGUCACUGGGGCUUAUGGUGGCCGUAUCAACGUUGGCCCUGGUGCUGGAGGACUGAACUCCGGCUCUGCUUCUGGCAGUGUCAACACUUUCAAUGGACAAGCCAACUUGUGGUCCGGAAAUAAAUAGACCACCUUAUUAAGAGUAGUAUGUUUGUUGCCUAAAUAUAUUGCAGCAGACACUGAUGGUGUUACGUAAGUCCUAAUUCUACAAAAUAUAAAUAAAUUAAUUCUGCUGCUUUGUUAUAUUGGGCAAAUUAUAUCUUUUUAAUCGGCAAAUAAAAAGAAUAUUUUAUU